GUGAAUAACUGUUACCGUCCGACCUUCGCCGUAAACCAAGCACGACUCGCUGUUCCUUCGACAUGGAUUGGCAGGCCAACUUGGACGCGAUCAUCAAAUGCACGGACGACAACUUGCGUCAACAAUUCGAAGCGCACAAGUUCUCGCCAGCUCCCCCGCUUCGACCGUUCAGCCAGUACAGCGCCAUGGCAUUCCGGCCACCGUCCCCUACAACUACAUCGCACUUUCAGCCUGCGAUGACGUCACCGCCGAUGCCACCGCCGCCGCCUCCUCCGUCGACGCCCCAGCAGUCAUUUCCUUCGUACGCCCCGUAUCCAGCAUCCCACGACAACAACAAUGCUCCACCACCACCAACCCACGACUACUCCUCGUUCCACCAAACGUACAACAUUGCCCACAUGAUGGAGCAGAUCCGGUUCAGCAUCAAGCUGGAAGUGGAUGCCCGCGCGGCGAUCGCCGAGCGCCAGUUGAGUGCCAUCAUGGCUCUUACGAAAAGCAACUCGGACGAACUGGACCGGUUGCGCCUCGAAGCCAACACGACGGACCGCGAAGUCCGGGGAUUGGACCAAGCCCACCAGAAACUCAGGCAGGAUAUGACCACCCAAAAGGACAUUAUGUACCACGUGCAAUCGAUGGCAGGCAAGGACGAGUCGUGGCGGAUGCAGGCCGACAAUCAGCUGUUGGAACUGCGCCAAGUCAUAGCAGCGAUGCGCGAACAGCUCAACUCGCUGCAGGUGUCGAUGCAAGAAAAACUCAGCCGGCCGGAACUGCUCGUGCAUUUCAAUGCGUGCGUCGAACCGCUCAAGGCCCAGCUGAAUGCAGGCAUUCAACACCAAGCCCAAAUCAUUGGCGAAUUGUCGCGAAAGGACGCCACCCACAGCUACGUGGUUGAAAGCAUCGAAAAGCACCUUCGAGAGCUGGAUACCCACGUGCAAACAGUCAGGUUGGACGUCGAGUCCAUCAGUAAACGGCACCCUCCUGACAGGCAAGCGGUUCCAAGCCGCACGGAGACAUCAACGGAUGGAACACUGUCGAUGCCCCAGGUUGAAUCCGUUGUGGAACACAUUUGGCUCGGCAAAUGCGAAGCCCUGGAGUCCAAGUGGGCGGCAGCGCACGAUUUACAUUGCCGACAAGUGCAAACUGCUCUGGACGAGUCGGAUGUGCGAUUGAAACGGUGGCAGGGCGACGUGGACAAUAAUACCAACCAUGCCGCCAAAGACAGUACCCAGCAAAUCACCAAGAUGGAAAGUCUGGUGACUGAAGGGCAAAGUACACUGAAAGCCCUCAUCGCUCAGUCGGCGGCAGCGACUACGCAAAUCAUUCGGGACGAAGUCGAGCGAGAACGAAGUGAGCGCAAACGUCAGCUCGACGGGUUGACAGAUCAGCUCAUGCAGGUCAAGUACAGCACCCACGACAGUGUGCACAAGGGUCUUCACGACAUUCGGAUCGAACUCAAGGCCGAUUUAACAGCUCACGACAAGGAACUGCAAGCAUUUUGCAUGUCCGUAGUGGCCAAGGACGUGCCACCGAUGCUUCGAAAGGAUGUGAGCGAGUGGCAAGAGGUGGUUCAACGAGUUCAGGAGGACGUGGCGCAGAUUCGACAAGAGACCAUUCAUUGUACCAACGUCAUGACUGUACUUCAGAACGACAUGCAAGCUCAGCGUAAGGACGUUGCAGACCACAAAACGUCGUUGGGAACUAUGGGGACCGACCUCUCAGCAUUGAAAAAAGAAGUGGAAAGCACCACGAAAAUCAUCCAAGGACAAAUAGACACGAUACUGAAAGAUCGAGUGGAAGGCGAGCGAAGUCUGCAGCGACGCAUGGAAGUAGAGGUCACGACGUUGGUGCAAAAGGGCGUGGUGCCGUUCGAACAAGAACUCCGGCGCAUUAACACACGACUGGACGACCUGAAAAAGCAAGAGCCCAUAUCGACCCCGGCUACCGCAUCGAUGAUGGGACCGCCGCCGUCACCAGGGUAUGGGUAUUGGCCUCCUCACAUGUAUGCGAUGGCGUCACCCCCUAAUCACUCUAUGGAUGCGCACUAUCGUGGGGGAAAUAUGAUGCAUCAUGGCUACCAUCAGCCAAACCAUCUGAUGUACACCUUACCACCGUUUGGCGUGCCAGAAAUGCCACCGCAGCCAUUGCCAUCACUUCCCCAAGACUCGGCAACAGUGACUCAACCGUUAGGCAAACAAACGAUCGACCUGCCGUCCACCGUGGCAGCAUCUCAUGUGGUUCAUCAGAUGCCUACCCCUGUCCCAUCUGUGCCAGCGCCGGUGCCUCCAACAGCUGGGUCAAUGGAAGUCAUUCCAACAGAAACCCCACCACCAUCGAGGGAAGUCAACAUAACCAAACCCUCGAGUCCACAAAUCACUCUGGCAACUUCACACCCCGUUCAAAUCGAAUCCAAAGGGACUGCUCAACCUCCAACGGCAGCUGCUAGUCCACCGCGGGUGUUGGUCCCUGUAACAAAUCAGCGAGAGAACGUGGCGAACACGCUUCAAAGUUCUCCUGGAAUUUCACCGGCUCUGUCAACGCUACACCCUACAUCGCCAUUACCUCCUGCAACAACUGGCCUUUCAGCUCCAGUAGUUCCCGUGUCACAAACACAACAAGUAAUGUCACCCCCCAUUCGUACUUCGGCUGCUGAUACCUCGACCCUUUCCAACGGUUGUAAUACCACCGCCCCUCCAUCGCUACCAACUUCGUCAUCUCAAUCAACGAGCGUACCACCAUCACCCCCAGUGCAGCCUAACCAGGCUACACCACUUCAACCUACACCGACUCCUUUGAUGAAUCGAAGCACUGCUGCGCCAACCAGUCAACCACCGGCAAUCUCCCCAUCGAAUCCCCCAACGUCUCAACAAGUUCUUGAGAAACCGGUCGCAUCCAUCUCCAAGCCGCCGCCGCCCCCACCAACUCAACCGCCACCCCCUGGUGCUACCCCACCAGCAGUGUCCACUACCCUCGUAAACCCUGCUUCAAUUCGACCGUCUAUCCCUUCCUCUCCUUCAGCAACGCAAAACCACACUCCACUGUAUAAUAAUCCUCCGCAUCAAUCACCCCCGAGUUCAGCUCCUCCCCCCGCGCAACCCAUGCUACAUCAUCAAGCGUCAUCGUCAUCCCUCAACCCCUCGUCCCCAUCUCCAGAUGGUUCCACAUUGAAAGUAACAACGAAAGUCUCCACGCUUCUCGACGAUCCAUCUAUGAAGGGGGCGUUGGCCGAAGCAGAGCUCGCUAAAGCACGCGUGGAAAACCGGCUCAAAAUCGAGCGAGAGCGCCGCCAUUCCCUUGGCAGCAUGUCGUCCCCAAGAGCGACUGAUGUAAUGAAUGGAAAUAUGGAUCGUUGCAUGCAGUGCACGCUAGAGUUUCCAAAGGGGUCGAAGUCCGACCACGACCAACUGCAUUGUUCCAUGCGAAUGCAGACAUGCCCCACGUGUCAAUCCUCGAUGCGGGCCAAGGACGUUGCCAGUCACUUGUGCGACAAACCCGUGGCCAAGUGUAAGCACUGCCUCGCCGAUGUGGUGGACGUCUUGGACCACGAAUCCAAGUGCGAGCACGCUUUGAAGCAAUGUCCCCACUGCUUGCGCCGUCAAAAGAUGGCCGAUCUGCAGGAACACAUCAACACGUGCGACUGCCGCCUCGUGCAGUGUCCCAACGCUUGCGGGGGCAAGUUUUUACAACGGGGUUUGGAAAAGCAUGUUCUGACCAAGUGCCCGAAACGCCCGCAACCAACCACCUCCACUACGACGACGUUCACCCCUGCUGCUGCUGGGACCACGUCGUCGACAACCAACGUGGCGCCCCCCAGGCCGAAAUACCCCGAAGUACCCAAACCAACCAGCGAGGCCAAGGUCGAGUGCAAGUAUUGCGACGAAGAGUACACUGCCGCCGGCAUCGACGGUCACGAGCAAAGUUGCGACUGGAAGCCCAAGCGAUGUCAGUUUUGCAACAUGGUGAUUAUCUCUCGAGAUUUAGCGCGGCACGAAACCAAUUGCAAACAAAGCAAUCGUCAGUGCGCGCAUUGCCAACAAACGUUUGCCAGUCCCGCGUAUGCGGCCCAUGUGCCAAAAUGCCCUAAGCGCCCGAUCAAGUGCAUUCGAUGCGGGGACUUAUUUGCCGCUGACAUCAUCGCCGCCCACUCUACCGCCUGCAAGCCCGGAGAUGCCAAGGGGGCCAUCCCCCCGCCGCCAUCGACGCCACCCCCCGUUCAAAUGCCUCAACCUGCGUCCCCGUCGAAGCGACGGUCGGAAGGGGACUUGCGCAGAUUGAUGACGACGGAGCCCCAAGGCGUCGGACCAAAUGUCUCCGGUGAUCGCAAUUCCCGACGAAACUUUGCACUUUCGCAGCUUACGGCCCCGCAAGAGCAAACUCCACAUUUGACGACAGCACGUACCAACGAAGUCGAGGAGGAUGAUGAUGUUGACGAAGACGAACAAGAAGACGACAUGGAGGACGAUGUGACGCUUGCCCAAGUGGUGGCGGAAUGGAACGUCGACCACGUGUGUUUAUGGUUGCGCGAGGACGUGGGGGUGCCCGACGUCGUGGAUCGCUUUGAAGCGCUUCAAAUUGACGGGCAAAUGCUACUCGAGUUGGACGAGCGAGCGCUCGUAAACGAUUUGGGGAUCAAAACCAAACUGAACCGGGACCGGAUUCUGGCGGCCAUUGACGCCAUCAAGACAAGCGAAGACGACGAUAAUGACGAAGAUGACGAAGAAGGAGACGUGGCACCGCCGCCAGUGCCUGCACCUGCACAAGGAAGCGCCCUAGCUCGUCGACUGUCAACCGGAUCGAGUCCGCAAACCCAAGCCAACCUGCUGAAUCGAAUCAAUUCGGCGUUAAAUACUGGCUCGGCAUGUCGGAAAUAAUAACAAUCCUCCUCUUGUAAACAAUACUAGUACUUCGAGUACUACCAGCA